AUUCUCAACCCCGCCUCUUGUUGUGCAGACAGAGGAACAAGCGAAGCGAGAGCGAGACGAUCUGCCGAGCUCAGGCACGGAGCGUUUUUCUCGCGAGGAAGGGCGCCAUUAUCGGAAACCCUACAAACAACACGAGAAUUCAUCAUUCACACGGCCUGAAUGAUGGCCGAGCAUGAUUUGGUGGAGAUGGUCCAAAUCGCUGUGGAAGACCUGGGCCAGGAGGACCAAUCAGAUGUUUUGGAGAACCAUGAGGAUGUAGACGGCAAACCAGACAGAAAACGUUCAAGGGUGGAAAUCUCCAGCCAGGAUGCCACACUUAAGACCUUGCUAUUCACCAUGAACCAGUCCAUUUGCCAGAGGCUGGACUCCAUGGAGGCCAAGCUCCAGGUGUUGGAGGCCACUUGCCGGGCCUUGGAGGAGAAGCUGGACGCGGUAGUCAACAAGAACCAGGGGCCCAUUCAGGUGCCCAUGGUGGCAGGAUCUCCUCUCGGAGCCACACAGACCUGGAAUAAAGUGCGCUGUGUGGUUCCACAGACCAAUGUGAUCGUAAGCGGUGACAACAAGCCAAAGGUCGCAGAGGAGACACUUACUCGUGCCUCAGAGUCUUUGGAGAACCUCCUCAGCAACACGGUGGGCGGGCGUCGUCAGAACACCAUCCUGGUGAAGGUGCCAGUGCACGAGGACAGCCAGGAGGAGCAGGAGAGCGGCUCGGAGACCAGCGACUCCAUGCCCAGCGGCGGGCCGGGCGCGGCACCGAACCACAACAACGUCACCCUCAUCACCCUCAACUCGGAAGAGGACUUCCCCAGCGGCACGUGGCUGGGCGACGAGAGCAAUACGGAGAUGCGGGUGCGCUGCCCCAUCUCGGCGGCCGACAUGCUCCACAUCAGCACCAACUGCCGCACGGCCGAGAAGAUGGCGCUCACGCUGCUGGACUACCUAUUCCACCGCGAGGUGCAGGCCAUGUCCAACCUGUCGGGCCAGGGCAAGCACGGCAAGAAGCAGCUAGACCCGCUUAUGAUCUACGGCAUCCGCUGCCACCUCUUCCACAAGUUCACCAUCUCGGAGUCGGACUGGUACCGCAUCAAGCAGAGCAUCGACUCCAAGUGCCGCACGGCCUGGCGGAGAAAGCAGAGGGGCCAGAGCCUGGCCGUCAAGAGCUUCUCACGCAGAACACCCUCCUCGGCGAACAGCAGCGAGGGAGGCAGUGUGGCGGAGGGCGCCCCGAUGGAGGCCAACCAGCAGGCCCUGCACUACGCGCUCACCAACUCCGGACAGCAGGUCCAGAUCCAUCGCAUCUCAGAAGACGGCCAGGUACAAGUGAUACCACAGGGCCAUCUCCACAUCGCACAGGUGCCACAGGGAGAGCAGGUGCAGAUAACCCAAGACAGCGAGGGUAAUCUACAGAUCCACCAAGUGCAUGUCGGACAAGACGGGCAGGUUGUGCGGGGGCCGCAGCUGAUCGCCGUGGCGUCGACUGACCCGGGGGCCACGGGUGUGGAGGCCUCCCCUCUGCAGGGCAAUGACAUCCAGGUGCAAUACGUCCAGCUGGCACCCGUUACGGACCAUACGGCAGCUGUGCAGGCGGAGGCUCUGGGCCCAGCGCUGCAGGCUGAGAUGGAGGUGAAGGACGCCAUCCAGAUCCAGCAGGGCGAGAACGGCGAGGUGGUGCAGAUUCAGAUGCCCGUGACCAGCGUCGGCACUUGAAGCCAGCAGCCUCCAACCUCUACUCCCUCUCUUCACUCCCACCCUCUCUCUCACCCCGUCCCUCCCUCCCUCCAUGCUCUACCGCCUCCAGCCCCCUGUCGGCAGACUGGGAGACGGCCACUGAGCCUGGCCCUCAUGGCUGGAGCAGCCGAAGGAUGAGAUGGAGGAAGAGGAGGAGAGGAGAGGGAGAAGAUGCUACAAGCCGCUUGCUAGCCUAGACAAAAAAAAAGAUCUCCCAACUGAAAUUGCCAGCGCUUCACUGAAGUUCACUGAAGUUUGGAGCGCUUCACUCCAGAGCCUGCUGUGCUGUAUCGCCAGUCCUCUUGCCUCCAACAAAAGUAGUGGUGUUGGUUUUUUUGUUUUGUUCUGUUGACUUUGUAUUUGCUUUAUUAUUUUCUUAAUAACCUGUCUGGUGAGUAUUGGAAAAUACUAAAUCGCGGGGCUGGUUGACAAAGAGGUUUGAGCGUUUGUGAUAAAGCACCGGCUCCACCAGGCUUCAUAACUCCUUCAGCUCCACAAAGGCAUAUUGCAUUUUCCAAUCCCAGCCCUGGACAAAGUGCAGAUUUGCAAGGAAUUAAGAAGGUCCAUUAAUCUUUUUCUGUCUCUACUUUUUUUUUUAUCAUCUUUGGAAAAACAAAAGACUCCUGCCAAGCAGAGACCCUCUCUUCUCACGCCCUCGGCCGAGUUCAAUCUUAUCAGUCCAGUUAUGGAGGUCACCUUCAAGUACACUUACAGUCAAGACAAGACAAGAGUUACCCACACAGUUCAUUCUUUUCUAGUCUGCACUCGUACUGACUUCGCUGUUUUCUGAUUGUUUUUAAUUUUCCGCUGUUGUCUUUGACCAUUUCAUCUUCUCUCGUUUGUGUGUUUUUAUUUCUCCGUAGCCUGACUGUAACCAGUUCUUUCUCAGAAUGGUUGGUUAGCCACAUAACAUAUUUUUUGGUGUCCUCAUACCUUAAAUGAAACAUGGCAAAAAUAUGUGUGGACGUUUUGUAGAUGGCCAUGGACUGAUGGAAAACAUGAUUUUGGUAUUAGAGACUCGCUAAAGUAAGAAAUUGUUUUUGUGUUGAAUAUCAAAUCCAGCUUGCUUUCUCAUGCUAUUUGGUUUUUUGUUUGUUUGUGUCCCUGUAUGUGUGCGUGCGUGACUGAUGUAAAUAAAUAUCUGUGAAAGGCUUAAGAUGCCAUCAUCAGAA